CCAAUCCGGGGGAGAGCUUUCGCCUGUGCUGCAAGUCACUGAUUUCCGGGAGACAUUGCAGAAGCAGUAGAACAUUGUCUCUGUGUUACUCUACGGCAGAUUUAAUUAUGGGGAGAGGAGGUGGCACCUUCGAGAGACUGCUAGAUAAAGCAACCAGUCAACUCUUGUUGGAGACUGAUUGGGAAUCCAUUCUUCAAAUCUGUGACAUGAUCCGGCAAGGAGAUACCCAGGCUAAAUAUGCUGUGGCAGCUAUCAAGAAGAAAGUGAAUGAUAAAAACCCUCAUGUUGCACUGUUUGCUCUGGAGGUCUUGGAGUCCGUGGUGAAGAACUGUGGGCAGACCGUGCAUGAUGAGGUGGCAAACAAGACAACCAUGGAGGAACUGAAAGAAUUGCAGAAGCGACAAGUGGAACCGAAUGUUAGAAAUAAGAUCCUUUAUUUGAUUCAGGCCUGGGCCCACGCCUUCCGUAACGAACCAAAGUACAAGGUGGUACAGGACACCUACCAAAUCAUGAAGGUGGAAGGUCACAAUUUUCCAGAGUUUAAAGAGAGUGACGCUAUGUUUGCAGCAGAGAGGGCACCUGAUUGGGUGGAUGCUGAGGAGUGUCAUCGGUGUCGGGUCCAGUUUGGCGUUGUAACCCGUAAGCAUCACUGUCGGGCAUGUGGGCAGAUCUUCUGCGGAAAAUGCUCUUCCAAAUGCUCCACCAUCCCCAAAUUUGGAAUUGAGAAGGAAGUGCGCGUGUGUGAGCCCUGCUUUGAGCAACUCAACAAGUCAGUGAAAGGUGAAGUGAAACCAAACUCAACUGCAGAGCUGCCACCAGAGUACUUGACCAGCCCACUGUCUCAGCAGUCCCAGACACAGGCUGGGGAAGAGAAGUCGGGAGCGGCAGGGACAGAGCCUCCCAGCAGAAAGAUGCCCCCAAAGAGGGACGAGGCAGCUUUGCAGGAGGAGGAGGAGCUGCAGUUGGCAAUCGCUUUGUCACAGUCUGAAGCUGAGGAGAAGGAGCGAAUGCGGCAAAAGACUACAUAUGGCAUAUACCCAAAGACAGAUCCUGCCCCAGUUACCUCUUCUGCACCUCCUGUCAGUACUCUGUAUUCCUCUGCAGUGAAUUCAUCUGCUCCUCUCGCUGAAGACAUUGACCCAGAGCUUGCUCGUUAUCUGAACCGUAACUACUGGGAGAAAAAGCAGGAGGAGGUCAGGAAAAGCCCCACUCCGUCAGCUCCUGUUCCUGUGACUGAACCUGUGGCGCAGACAGGAGAGGUGCCCACCAUCGGUAUAGUGAGCGUCAUGGAACAGUACCAAAAUGGAGAGUCUGAGGAGAAUCAUGAGCAGUUCCUGAAAGCUCUACAGAAUGCUGUCACCACUUUUGUUAAUCGUAUGAAAAGUAACCACAUGCGAGGCCGAAGCAUCACCAACGAUUCUGCAGUCCUGUCGCUUUUCCAGUCUAUCAACAAUAUGCACCCUCAAUUACUGGAGCUCCUUAAUCAGCUGGAUGAGAAGCGGCUGUACUAUGAAGGUCUGCAAGACAAACUGGCACAGAUCAGAGAUGCAAGGGGUGCACUGAAUGCACUGCGUGAAGAACACCACGAAAAGUUACGUCGUGUUGCAGAAGAGGCUGAGCGACAGAGGCAAAUUCAAAUGGCACAGAAACUAGAGAUCAUGAGACAGAAGAAACAGGAAUACCUGGAGAUGCAGCGCCAACUGGCUAUUCAGCGCCUGCAGGAACAGGAAAAAGAGAGACAGAUGCGUCUGGAGCAGCAGAAACAGACCAUCCAAAUGAGAGCCCAGAUGCCAGCCUUCUCUCUCCCUUAUGCCCAGCUGCAGUCACUUCCAGCAUCAGGGGGUGUCAUGUACCAGUCUUCAGGCCCGACUGCUUACCCAGGCACUUUCAGUCCUUCUGGCUCUGUGGAGGGAUCACCUAUGCAUGGAGUUUAUAUGAACCAACCAGGACAGACAGGCUCCACACCAUACCCAACCAUGCCAGUUCCUGGAGCAGAUCCCAACUUGGUGAAUGCCUACAUGUACCCUGCAGGUUCUGCUCCCGCAGCACAGCAAGGACAGACUGUGCCCACAACCAACCCUGCUUAUACUUCUUAUCAGCCCACACCAACCCAGGCAUACCAGAACGUCUCCUCGCAGAACCUUCCUCCCAUGUCCCAGAAUCCUGCAGCUGGCAAUAUGGGUUAUAUAGGCACACAAACAGUGCCCAUGGGGUACCAACCGUAUAACAUGCAGAACCUCAUGUCCACCCUUCCCGGUCAGGAAACUGCUAUGAAUAAUCUGCCUUCUCAACAGCAGUACUUGGGAGGUCAGCAGCCAAUGUACCAGCAGAUGCCAGUAGGUGCCAGUCAGCAACCACCACAGCAGGCACAACAUGGACAGCAAGGGCCAGGCAGGAGCGAGGCUCAGCUAAUCUCAUUUGACUGACAUUAGGUUAUCUCUCUUCUGACCUAACAAAUACAGCAGAAGAGGCACGGCUUCCACUGACAUCACCCACAGUGUAUGAAGCAUGUAACCUUUUGUAGAACUGGUCCAGUAACACACUACGAUACUAUAACUACCCUUUGUACGUCGCCUUAUUGUGUGUAUCUUCUGCAUACUGGCUGCCAUGCCAAGAUUACACAAGUCUACUACAUUUAAGGAACUCUAAGCUACAAUUGUUUUAAUAUUUGUAACAAAUAUGUUUCUUUAUCUAAGAGCUCUUUAUUAUAGCUUAUCUCUCUAGAUCAGUGGCUUUUCACCUUCAGUCAUCUACUUCAGGGUUCUUCAAACCACGAGUCACAACCUAUUCCUGGGACUCAACUUGUUUGUCUACUAUGUUGUAGGACAUUGUGUGUGCUGUGCGUGUUGUAUGACGGUGUGGUUUGAUGUAUAAGAGGGUGUGGAGUGUUGUAUGAGUGUGUGGUGUGUGUGUGUUGUAUGAGAGUGUGUGUUAUUACCUUUUACAUUUUCAAGAUUGACUAGAAUCGGGAAUAAAGUAUGCACACAUUUUAGUCAUUUUGCUUGUUUUAUAGUUUCAGACAAAGAAUAAAAAUAAGGUUGGAAAAGUAUGUGGUAUCAUGGCACUGGGUCUUGGGAAAAAGUUUGAAGAACCCUGCUCUACUCCUAUUAACAGGACAGAAAAACUCACUAAUGCUUAAACAAGGGUAUUUUUUGGAUAUGGCCAUUUAGUCGUCCUUAAUAUGAGAUAUUUUGAUCUUGAGAAAAUUCCACUCUAGUCUGUCUGAUUUCACCCCUUAAAGAGCUGUGUAUGUUAUUGUGAUGUUUAACACCCAAAUACCUCUAAAUUAUUUUAAUUGUAUCUCGGACACUGAGUGGUUUAGAUUCUGCUGUCAAGCAUGCAAUUAUGAACUGGGUCCAUAUAAUUUAUUAUAUUCAUGUAAGAUAUCAAAUCCGGGGGUCUACAGGAUUUGUCCAUCUUUUGUCAGUGGUGUAACAGCCAGGAGUGUUUCUCCAUUGUCCCCUUGUGUCCUUUAUGCUUCUUGUGCUUUCAAGGGCUUCUGUUUCCAGGAUUUAUCUUUGAUGCCCUUCAGAUGCCACAGGAGUCUCUCUUGCUUGUUUUCAGUGACUAACUAGAAAUCCAUAAUAAAACUAUAUUAAGACUU